AUGGCCACUGAAUCCACUAAAGCUGACGCCACAAAGAAAGCUGCCUUGAAGGGUACUUACGGUAAGAAAGUUGUCAAGGUCAGAACUUCUGCUAAGUUUGCUGAGCAAGAGUCUUUGCGUCUGCCAAAGAACCCUCAAUACGCCAGAACUUUACCAAAGUACGCCAAGAUCGACUCAUACAGCGUUAUUGUCUCUCCUGUCAAUACUGAGACUGCCAUGAAGAAGGUUGAAGACGCCAACACCCUGGUUUUCAACGUUGCCCUAAAGGCUAACAAAGUUCAAAUCAAGGAUGCUGUCAAAGAGUUGUACGAAGUCGAAGUUUCCAAGGUUAACACUUUGAUCAGACCUAACGGUACUAAGAAAGCAUUUGUCAAAUUGACUGCCGACUACGACGCUCUGGACAUUGCUAACAAGAUUGGUUACAUUUAA